CCGAAACGGCUGCCAGGAAUCUGAUCUCCGUCGAGCGCGAUCGAUCGAGCAGGAGGGAGCAGGAGUGGAUUAGCAUUGAAUUAAAGAAGAAAGAAUCGAGACCAAAGAGGAGGAAAGGCUGCGACUUCAUAUCCAUUCUGUUUUCAGUGGCAAUUAAAAUGUUGGUGAUCCGGACUAUAGAUCAACUGGGUGGGUGCUGUGGAGUAAUUACGGAUAAUGCAUGAUAAAUUUGGAGCCUUCAGAGUGCAGUUAGCAUAAGAUGGUGACUGAUUCUAACAUGGGUUCUCACCAAUCAAGCGUUCCUUUUUCUUUUCAUCAUCCUCGUAUGGUCUCUUUCCAGUCAAGUGCACUAGAUAGCUCAACAGAGAUGAUUCCUGUUGACAUGUGCAGUUUGGAUAUGAACAACAACAUGGCCAGCAUGUUUGUCUCUACUGGCUCUGACAUGAUAAAUAAUAUGGAUGUGAUGACUGCAGCUUGGUGCCCUGCAGGAACAGUUCGUGAACCAAUACCAAGGUUUACACAUGUGACAGGGUUACCUGCAUAUUGGUCUCCAGAUGAACUGAGAUUGUUGAAUAUAGGUCUUGUCAAAUAUGCUAAUAAACAAAGUGUUUCAAAGUAUGCUGAGAUAGCUUCCAUGCUGCCUCAGAAGACUAUAAGAGAUGUUGCAUUGAGGUGUCAGUGGAUGACUAACAAGGGAAAUGGAAACAAGCGGAAGAUUGAAGAAUAUUAUCCAGCAAAAACGAUGAAAGAUAUGAUGGUGGGUUCUUCCUCAACGGCAAAUAUCCAUAUUGCUCCUAAUUCACUUCCGUUGCAUCAGAUGAACAACUAUAAUCGUUUUCAACCCGUAGAAACGCAGCAUCUUAUUGACGAAAAUUACAGCUGUCUGAGGGCUAUUGCAAAAAAUUUAGAAGAGGGCACGGUACAAGAGAACAUUAGUUUAUUUCUUCACACGAGAAAUAACAUCACUGUGAUCGAGAACAGGAUAAACGCAAUGUCAGCAACAACAAACCAUCUUCCUUUGUCAAUGACACAUAUGCCUCCUUUGCCAAUAUCUGUAAAUGAUCAACUUCUCUGCAGUCUUAUCCCUCUUAACGGAAAUGUUAUCUACACUGCACCUCGAAACAGUCAUUUGCAACUGGACCCAACUUGCUUCGUACCUCCCCAUAUGAUGACUCGAUGAGCUCAUUCAAGCUUCUAAAAGAUCUCAACUUUGUAGCGUCAAUUCUACAUUCCAAUUUUAAUUCUAGUUGUGUAUAUUCGCUGCAGAACUGAUAGAUAUUCUUGGAUGUAAGAAAAAUAAUGAUGUUUGCAUGUUAGUAUCAAUUCAGGGUUGAAUGAAUUCGCGCCAUUAUUAUUAUAUAUAUAUUUUUGUUGUGUUGCAUUGUCGAUCUGCAGGUAUUCAUCAGCUACGUGAGAACAGUGUGCAGGUUGGUGUUGC